CCAGGGAGCCGCGGGCCGGGUUCAGGUCGGGGCGGGCGGCGGUGGGGAGCGGGCCGUGCCCGGCGGGGCGCAGCAUGGAGAGCCCGGCGGUCACCUUCACGCUGGCUUACCUGGUGUUCGCCGUCUGCUUCGUCUUCCCGCCCGACGAGGUGCGGUCGGCGGGGCUGACGGUGCAGAGCCUGCUGGCCGCCUGGCUGGGCAGCGAGGACGCGGCCUUCGUGCAGUACCACCUGCGGCGCAGCACCGGCACGCUGCUGGCGCACUCCCUGCUGCCCCUGGGUUAUUACCUUGGUAUGUGCUUUGCUGCACCUGAAAAACAUCUUUGUUUUUUCUACCUGGCCUCGAAAGGAUGGAAAACUUUCUUCUUCUUUGCUGUUCUCUUCCCAGCGGUUGCCGGUGCCCUGGCAUAUUACUGGUCACGGAAAGGUUGGAAUAAUCAUCCUCUAGCCCGAACACUGGCUGUUCAUGCUCUCCCACAGUCGGGUUGGAGGGCAGUAGCUUCUUCCAUCAAUACAGAAUUUAGGAGAAUUGACAAAUUUGCUACUGGAGCCCCAGGAGCGAGGGUGAUUGUUACGGACACGUGGGUGAUUAAAGUGACCGCCUACUGUUUACACGUUGCCCAGCAGCAGGACAUUCAUUUGACAGUGACAGACUCCAGACAACACGAACUCACCCCAGACUCAAAUAUGCCUGUCCAGUUCCUCACCAUCCGUGUUGCCAGUGUGAAUCCCUACGUGAAGGCAUUUGAUAUCCGGUUGAACUCCACAGAGUAUGGGGAACUCCGAGAAAAGCUCCGUGCUCCCAUCAGCAAUGCAGCUAAUGUUGUGAUCCAUCAAAGCCUUAGUGAUUUAUUUCUAGAAACCUUUACAUCUCUGGUGGAAAUUAACCAGACGUAUUCUGCUCCACGCACUCAGGAGCUGGAGCCAUGCAUAGGGUGUAUGCAGACUAUUGCUAACAUCAAGCUGAUCAAGAACUGCCAGGAACCAAACGAAGGGGAAUGCCAGCAGUGCUACUGUCGACCCAUGUGGUGCCUCACUUGCAUGGGUAAAUGGUUUGCCAGCAGACAGGACCAGCAGCACCCAGAGACCUGGCUGUCGAGCCAAGUGCCUUGUCCAACUUGCCGAGCCAAAUUUUGCAUUUUAGAUGUUUGCAUAAUACGGUGAAUAAUACUUGGGUGUGUUUUAACUUUUCAAAUUUGAAUGUGUUUCAUCGUGGGUUUGGUUAAAAGGCUGUUUGAUUUGUUUCUGAAACUUCAGAUUCUACCAGGGUGCAAACUCCAAAACUUUCUUUUACAGUGUUGAAAACAGAUGUAAAUCUUUUCAGUUCCUCUCCACUUUUACCUGUAUUUUUUGGGCUUUAUUAAUCAAGUGUCAGAUUCUGGAAUAUUUUUUUUUUUUUUUUACUGUAUGUUUUGCUUUCUUAUGUCUUGGAUGGGAUAAGGGUAUCCCUCUAUAUUUGUAGUACUACUCUCUUUUCAAGUUUUAAUGUAGGUUAAAUUCUUAAAAUUUUUAAAUUCAAUGUGGGUUUAGAUUCUUUAGUAAAGGGCUAACUGAGAAAAUUACUUUGGUUAGACUUCAUUGAUACUUUUGUUGCUCUUUAAUCCAUCUGUAAAGUUCUUAUUAAUCUUUUCAAGUGUUCACCAAACAAGUGCACCAAUUUUAUUCCUUCUGCUGAUUCCCAUCACUUGUAAAGUGGAUUGGUUUCUUUAGGCUAUGGAACUUAAUCCCUAAAGAUGCACAGCUCCCAUAGGGACCUUUUAUUCCAUUGACCUGCCUCUCACUUAUUUUUUGAUGGAUGUAUUUAUUUCAAACAACAGAAGGAUUCGGAAAUAUACCCCAUUUACAUACACUGCUAAUUCCAUGUAUCAUUUAAGCUGAUGGUUUCCAGGAACUACAUUGUUUAGGGGUUUGAUGCUUUUUAGGUCAUGGAUUUUGGUUUUUUUUUUUAAUACAUUUGAAGGGAGUGCAACAAACAUCUGAACUGUAUUAACUACUCUGAAAGGAUUCUCAGCUGUUUCAAAGCCUGUAAGCUAAUGUGCCCUUGAAAGAGAUGGCAGGAUCAUAGAAGUGAUAGACUCCCCAAGAAUGACCAUCAUUAACAAGUUUAAUUCAAAUACUGAUCUUAAGUUGUAGUCACGGUUUUAAUAGUCACAUAUUUUAAUAUGCACACUUUGUGAUCUGAUCUGCAUCAGAAUAAUUUGUAAAUUAAAAUCAAUCCAUUUUCCAUACAUUUAGGAGAGCCCUGCUUCCCAACCUAAAUGCAGUGCUCAGUGUUCAAGCUGUCCAUCACAGCCUUCCAUGAGCAGUUACUUGGGGGAAAGCCUCAAGCUGCUGGAGAGUAGGUGAGUUCUUACACUGACCUGUGCACUGCAGGGGCUGGGAUGCCAGUAUCUGCUUGCUUGGGUUGGCCAUCUUAAGAGGGAUAGUAACCUCAGGCAGACAGAUGAGUCAAGUAGUCAGAGAAAGGAAUAUUUGAAUGCUUUGGCCUAGGGAAAUAAAAGUCCUAAUACCUUCCACCUGUGUAAUCAGAAGGAUCUUAUGAGUAAAUCACUAGCAUAGAUUUCAUGCCAAUGAUUGCAUAAAAACUUCUUGAUUACCAUGACAGACAGCUGCUUUGAGCAGGAACAGGUGACAAGAUUGUAAAAACGGUACAAGUGCUGGAAGCACAACCAUGACAGAUUUCAUUGGAGUCUCAGCUUAGCUACAGGUUGUGUAGGAAGUGCACCCAAGUGCAGUUGGAGCCAGCCAGCCAGGAAAUGGUCAUGAACUUGGCUGCAAGCUGUAUCUUGGAGAGGGACAAGGAACUGAGAACAGAUCUGACAGCAUCUUUUGAGAAGUAACAUACAUGUUACGUUGUUGGUGCUGGGGGUUUUAUUUGGUGUUUUUUUUAAUAUGCACUUAGAAAAGUCCAAACUGUUUGGGUUGAAGCACACUAAUUGCUUCAGCAUAUCUCAGUUAUUACAUACAUGUCAACUACUAUGCAAUUAUCUAUACUACCUAUGAAUAAAAUGGGAUUCUUCUGUUUUUCAUUACUUGUUGUUUUGGAUUGCAUAGAGUGAAAAUUUUAACACUGAGACUGGUAGAAUGGAUUUGCCUCUCUUUUCCCAAAGAGAUCUUAGGUGGCAUGUCCCCCUUUGCCUGACUAGGAUUUAAUUGAGUUCCUGAGUUGCAGACAGACCUGUUGAGAAGUCUGAAAAUUAAAAAGUCAACAAGUUGAUCAGUGAUUGAAUUUAAAAUAUUUUCCAGUACUUCUGUGGGAAUGUUAUUUGGAAGUUUGGAAUGGUCUCUGCAGGAUUUUUUUUAACCUUUGGAAGAUUCUUACUGGACUGGGUGAUGUCAUCUGACAUGCACCUCCUCACUAGACAGCAGCCUUUUCAUGUAAGCAUUUUGUACCAUUUACUUCUGAAAAGUUUACAUAAUGUGGCACAGGUAGAAGGGAUGUAGUCUUCGAAAUGUUUGCAGAAGAGAAGACAGGAUUUUGGAGUUGUGGUUUUGCCACUGACGGUCAUUCAAUUCCUACAGCUCUUCUCCUGUACAUUGUUAAUUUAUUGUAAAGAUGUAUGAAGUUAAAAUUGAAAAAGCCUUGAAAACCUUAGAUAAUAAGAUAGAUGUAGUUGCAGAUGGUUUUAAACAAGAAAAACAGGUCGAUUGCCGGUAGUAUCUCAUGUAAUAAGAGCUUUAGUCUCCUAACUGCUUGUGCAGUGGAGUUUUUCUUGACAGAAGCCUGCUUUGGAUUGACUGGAAAUUUUCAUUUCAGUGGAAUUUUGCUUUUAUUGGUCUUGCUUCUUUUGCCAAUAUAACAAUGCAACAAAGUAACAUUCAUAAAUGUAUAAUACUCUUGGAUCUUUUAAUGGUAGUGCUCUGUCCACAAAAGUGCCUCUUAUAAAACUUACUAAGAAUUAUCAAAAUACAAUUAUGAUUUAUGUUAAUAAUGGUGCCUGGCUUAAAUUCCCUAAAAGAAUAUUUUUGGUCCAAGUUCAAAUUCUCAAAGUAAUCUGGGAUGCCUCCAAAGUUUCUAAGCUUCUUAAAGGCUGUGUUAGAGAAUCACCUUGUUAAAAAUCCAUAUGAUGUGUUUUAGAGACAGCAGAAGGAGAAACUGUGACCUCUCCCUGCACAGUCAUGUGAUACCUGUCUUGAGUAAAUCACCACUCAUUAAAAGAAUGGAAUAUAAAAAUAGGCAUUUGUCUUUGUGGUAGCUUAAGGUCAUCAUCCAAAGAGCCACAUGCACAUAGGCUGUUCCUAGAGAAGAUCUUUCUCUGUUUGGAGAAUAGAGAAAUAUGUUGCUUCCCACUCAAUCUUGAUGAGUUUCUUAAACAUAAGGGUAGAGUUUAGAAUUGGUCUUUUUACAGCACUUUUCUAAAAAAAAAAAAAUGAACUAAGUAAUGUGAAGGGCUAAAACAUUUACUUAAAGAUUUUUCUUGAAUUAUUAGUGAUUUAGUGCUGCUUUUUCAGCUGUACUUAUGCUUUUCUGUGUCACUGAUUUCUGGUUAGGCAUUUUAGUAGACUGAAGUAUAUUAUAUAAAUAUAAUGUCAUGACAAUAAGACAAUCUCUAUGUGGGUGCGCAGUGACAGUAUGAACACCCCGUAUACGUGUAUACAUGUAUAGCCCAAAUUUUCAUAUGUCCUGCAGCUGAAGAGGUGUUUCUGAAAACAUGAGCUGUGGCAAUAUUAUUUAUUUCUAUGUUUUUGUUAUUUCUGUAAUUGUAGCACUCCAGAAAAGACUGACAAAAUCUGUUAUCUGUUGGUUUUUCAGGUUAGUAUAGUUCCCUAACCCCCCCAAAAAAGGCAUUUUCUCCAAGCAGGAUAUAUUUUGAAUCCAUUUUAUGAAUGCAGUAGUUUUUCUUGGGGCUUGCCAUACUUUGAAACCAAAAUACCAUGUUAUUAUGGGAUCGCUUCAGUAUAAGUGUUUUUAUUGCAUUGAAACUUGGUAGACUGCAGCUAAGGUACCAUACCAGUCAGGCUAACCUCAGUAAGACAUAACUGACUACGGUUCUGGGUGCCAUUUCUUAAGAAAUUUGACUUUGAUGUAUUUAAGGAGUUGAGAUGUAAAUAUCCAAGCUCUUACAUGAAUUGCAAGACAUUUUCUUCCAAAGAUACACUGCAAGGUUUGUUGUUUGUGGGUUGUUGGGGGUUUUUUUGGGUUUUUUGUUUGUUUGUGGUUUUCUUUUACCUAGGUAGCUCACCUAUUUUAAAAGAGAAAGUAGCAUUUGGAUAGCCUUUGAGGAAGAGGCUUAAUGAAUACAUGUAGUUAAUCUUAAAACUCUUUGAAGAGCUGAAUAAAAAUACAACUUAUUUUA